AUGGGCAAAAAAGGGAAAGUAGGAAAAAGUCGAAAGGAUAAAUUCUAUCAUCUGGCUAAAGAGACAGGGUAUCGCUCCCGUUCGGCCUUUAAGCUCAUUCAGCUGAACAGAAAAUUCCAGUUCUUGCAGCGAGCUCGAGCGCUUGUUGAUCUGUGUGCGGCCCCUGGAGGAUGGCUUCAGGUUGCUUCGAAGUUUAUGCCGGUAUCCAGUCUUAUCAUAGGAGUUGACCUCGUGCCUAUUAAGCCCAUUCCUAAUGUUGUGACACUACAGGAUGACAUCACCAGCGAGUCCUGCAGACAGGCAGUAAAGAAGCAACUUCAAACAUGGAAAGCUGAUGUGGUAUUAAAUGAUGGAGCCCCGAACGUGGGAGCAAACUGGACCCAUGAUGCAUUCUCGCAAGUGCACCUGUCUCUCAUGGCUCUUCGGCUGGCCUGUGACUGCCUCUGUCGAGGAGGAUGGUUCAUCACUAAGAUUUUCCGUUCUGCUGAUUAUCAAUCCCUUCUGUGGAUCCUCAAGAACUUUUUCAAGAAAGUGGCUUCCACAAAGCCCCAGGCAUCUCGAAGUGAGAGUGCUGAGAUCUUUGUUGUGUGUCAAGGAUACUUGGCUCCUGAUAAAAUCGACAGUCGUUUCUUUGAUCCUAAGUUCGCCUUUAAGAAUGUGGAUAGUCCUGUGCAAACUGUCUCUCAGCUGGUAUCCAAUAAGAAGCCCAAAGCAGAAGGAUACGAAGAAGGAACACUUUACCAAAAAGCAACUCUUGUGGAUUUCCUCAAAGCUCCCAAUCCUGUAGACUUUCUUUCCAAGCUCAGCGAGAUUGUAAUAGAUGACAAAGACCUUGAGAGCCAUGCAUCCACCACCGCUGAUAUCAAAGAAUGCUGUAAAGAUAUCAAAGUCCUUGGGCGCAAGGAGCUCCGGUCACUCUUGAGUUGGAGGUCUAAGUUGCGGAGGUCUCUUGCCAAGAAACUAAAAGAACAGUCCAAAGAUUCAUUGGAGGCAGUGAAUCUCAGUUCUGGUGAAGAGGAAGAAGAAGGUUCAGAAAAUGAGGACAAAGCCGAGGAGGAUGAGAAUGAGCAGCUGGAUAGGAAGUUAGCAGAUCUAAAAGCCGAAGAGCUGGCGACACUCAAAAGAAAGAAGAAGCAGUUACUGAAAGCUCAGCGCAAACAAAGGCUUAGAAUGGAACUGAAAAUGGAUCUUCCAGGUGUUUCCAUAGCCGAUGAUGGAGAAACUGGGAUGUUCUCACUUAAAACUAUUGGGAAAAGCUCGCUUUUGCAGACGUUGUCACAUGGAGACAUGUCUGCUGCAGAUGCCCUUGUGUCAGACUCCGCCCAUGACGAUGGAGAUGUUGUUUUGUCAGACGAUGAGAACCUGGAGGAUGACGAGAUAUCCCUUGCCAGCGAUCUGGAUGAGGAUGACGUGGAGGAAGUGAGAGAUCAAGAGAAAAAUUUGAAGAAUAAACCAAGGAAAAGGGUUCCAGAACCAGAUCAGCAGACACACGAGGAGGAUGAAGAGACAACAAAUCCUCUGUUGCUGUCCCUUGAGGAUAAAUCAGAGCGUGAACAAAGAGACACAAAUUUGUGGUUUGGAAAGGGAAUUUUCUCAUCUGUACUACAUUCUGAUGCUGAUGAAGAGAUGGAAAUUAAGCAGGCAAAAAUUUUACAGGAGACCAAAAAAGAAACCAAGUCACAAGAAAAGAAGAAAGACAGAAAGAAAAAAUGCCUAUCAGAGGAAACCACAACAGAGGUCAACAAAGAAACACCGUCCGGAGUUCCUGAAACAUUUGCGGAGGUGUCCAAUCAGACUGCAGCUACUGAAGACUCCAGUGACUCUGACAGCGAUAGUGAUGAUGAAGGGCAUAUAAAGUCGAUGAAGAAGAGCCGUGGAAAAAGAGUAAACGAGGAGACAGAUGACUUUGAAGUAGUUCCAGUAGAACGUCCAGUUAAACGAACUCGUGUGCUGGAUCCAGAAGGUCUGGCCAUUGGGACUAUUAUUGCCACAUCUAAGAAAGCUACCAGAGACCUGAUAGACAACUCAUUUAACAAGCGUGCUUAUAAUGAUGAUGAUGAGCUUCCAGACUGGUUUAUUACUGAUGAACGUAAGCAUCGAAAUGUCCAGGUUCCUGUGGACCGUCAAACAAUGGAGGAAUACGCCAAAGGCAACGAGAGCUGAACGCUCGGCCAAUUAAGAAAAUAGCUGAAGCAAAAGCCAGGAAGCGAAGAAGGAUGCUAAAAAAGAUGGAGCAAGCCAAGAAAAAAGCAGAAGCAGUGGUUAACACCAUAGACAUCUCAGAGAGGGAAAAAGCAUCUCAGCUUCGCAGCAUCUAUAAGAAAGCGGGACUUGGGAAGGAGAAGCGCCAAGUGACAUAUGUGGUAUCCAAGAAAGGUGUUGGAAAGAAGGUGCGCCGUCCUCCUGGAGUCAAAGGGCAGUUUAAGGUUGUGGACGGGAGAAUGAAGAAGGACAUGAGGGGAGAGCAGAGACGACAACAGAAGAAGUAGUAG